CCUUCGUUUCCUUCCUCGUUCCGCCAUUGCUGGUCUUCCUUUCCUCCGGCAACUGAGCUCCGAUAAUGUGGAAAUCAAUCCAGGUGGCCAAAGCCAACGUCACUUCCCACCCGAGGGCUUGGAUCGCCGUCGGAAUCGGCGUUACCGGGAUCGUAGUUCUCGCCGAGACUCGCCGACGGAGAAGAAGAAGAAAUGCCGAACCGGUCAAAAAGGAGGAUUUCGGCGCUUUCGUUGAGCGGUUCGAAAUCCUUCCCUUCCCUCAGCCGCCUCCGCCUGCCGCCAGGCUCUCCCUCGCCGGCCUCACCUUCGCCGUCAGCGACGCAUUUGAAGUGAGAGAAUAUUUGACUGGGUUUGGGAAUCGGGAUUGGAAGAGGACUCAUGAGCCGGCCGAGAAGACGGCAUUGGUGGUGACGGCUCUUUUGAAGAAAGGGGCUAAAUGCGUUGGUAGGACUGUCAUGGACGAGCUUGCAUUUGGGAUAACUGGAGAGAAUGUGCAUUAUGGUACGCCUAUUAACCCGCAAAUACCGUCUUGCAUUCCGGGUGGUUCAUCUAGCGGUUCUGCUGUGGCUGUUGCAGCUGGCCUUGUUGACUUUGCUCUUGGUACUGAUACAACUGGAUGUGUGAGAAUCCCAGCAUCAUUUUGUGGUGUUAUUGGAUUUCGACCAUCUCAUGGGGCUGUCUCUACAAUUGGAGUGUUGCCUAAUUCACAAAGUUUGGACGCUGUUGGAUUUUUUGCCCACGAUCCAUCUGUUCUGCAUCGUGUUGGACACGUCUUACUUCAAUUGAAUUCAGUGGAACCUAAAAGGACAAGACGUAUUAUUUUUGCUGAUGAUCUUUUUCAGAUUUCUAAGCUCCCUACACAAAGGACGGUGCAUAUUCUUAGCAAAGUAAUUGAAGGUCUAUCUGGAUACCAAGCACCAAAACAUAUGAAUUUUGGAAAGUAUAUUGGUUCAAACGUACCCAGUCUAAAAGAAUUCCGCGAUACUUCUACAAACCUUCAAAAAGGAACAUUUUCUUUGAAAGCUCUAUCGUCUGCAAUGCUUUUACUGCAAAGAUAUGAAUUUAAAUCAAACCAUGAAGAGUGGAUUACAUCGGUGAAACCAAAGCUAGGACCUGAUGUAUCAGAACGUGUUAAUGCAGCAAUUAAGACCACAUAUGAAAAUAUAAAGAUUUUAUAUAAAGUUAGGACUGAGAUGCGAGCUUCCCUUCAAAGUCUAUUGAAGGAUGAUGGAAUAUUAGUAGCUCCCACCUCGGCAGAUCCUCCAUUGAAGCUUCGUACGAAGAAAGGAUUUUCCUUUGAGUUCCUUGAUCGGGUAUUAGCACUAACAAGCAUCGCAAGCAUGUCUGGCUGCUGUCAGGUUACGAUUCCAGUAGGAAAGAAUGAUUCUGUUUCACUUAUGUCGUUCCAUGGUGCGGAUAAAUUUCUUCUUGAUACGGUUUUGGAUAUGUACUCGAGUCUUCAAGAGCAAGUCAGUGUUGCAUCCAAUUCAUUGCCAUUGCCAGAUACCAACGGUAACUUGGAUGCUUCAGAACUCUUAAAGGAGAAGGGGAAUGCUGCAUUCAAGGGAAAGCAAUGGAAUAAAGCUGUGAAUUACUACACUGAAGCUAUCAAAUUAAAUGGGGUUAAUGCUACGUACUAUAGCAACCGGGCAGCUGCUUUCUUAGAGUUAGGCUGUUUUCAGCAAGCGGAAGAAGACUGCAGCAAGGCAUUAGAACUUGACCAGAAGAAUGUGAAGGCAUAUCUGAGACGUGGAACAGCGAGGGAGUCACUUAUCCGCUAUAAAGAGGCUAUUCAAGAUUUCAAGCAUGCUCUGGUUCUUGAACCGCACAAUAAGGUUGCUAAUCUUGCUGAAAAAAGAUUAAGGAAACGAAUGAUGAGCUAAGACUUUCAUGAUUGAUCUCUCUCUUUCCCCUGGCUACAUAAUAGAGACCCAGCUUUCGUGCUAAAAUAAUAGUGUUCACAAGCCGUGGUUUCUAAGCUAUUUGGAGUGUAAGCAAAGGUAGCGGCAAGGCCGGGUUUGUCCUUGGUGGAUGCGGCAAUUUUAUUUUAUUCUCUUCGAAUUUUUAUGUUGUCUUUUUUGUAAUCAUAUCGCAAUAUGGCGUCGGUCAUGGCCAUUGUUGUCAACAUGGAUACUAGAGUCAACUCGUCCGGCAGGAUAAACAACAGAAAAGAAAGGAAAAGGAAAAAAGAAGAAAAAUAGUAAAGAUGUCAAUAAAAUCCAAGCUUUUGUCCGCAUGAACAAGUCUUUGAAUGUUGUUUUUCUUUCUCGUUUUAUGUAUUGUCUAAUUGUUUCUUCUCCAAGCAGGAUUUGGUGAGAGUAAAAGCACCUUCCCAUGCAUUUAGUAGACAUUGUCGUACAUAGGUAAAUUAUGUGUGUUGUAAAUCUGCGUUUGUUUUAUAAAGAUUUUGAUUGCUUGUAGGGAUGAAGUUGGCUAUUUGUAUCGAAACUCCAAAGUUGUUCUAGGAGUGUUCGU